CGCCAUAAUACGAUUUGUGAUUGGCGUUCCGAAAGCGGUCGGGAUGACGAGCAGCGCCAGGUACAAGAGCAGGACGGUGAAAUCAGAGGAUGGAGAGGAAAAAGAGUAUGUCGGCUUCGCCACCCUCCCAAACCAGGUUCACAGGAAGUCGGUCAAAAAAGGUUUUGAUUUCACACUCAUGGUGGCAGGGGAGUCUGGUCUUGGAAAGUCCACCCUGAUCAACAGCUUGUUCCUCACAGAUUUGUACAAGGACAGGAAACUACUGAAUGCUGAAGAGCGCAUCAGUCAGACUGUGGAGAUCAUCAAACACACGGUUGACAUCGAGGAGAAGGGCGUUAAGCUGAAGCUGACUAUUAUAGACACACCAGGUUUUGGAGACGCUGUCAAUAAUACAGAGAGCUGGAAGGCCAUCACUGACUACAUUGACCAGCAGUUUGAACAGUAUUUUCGGGAUGAAAGCGGCUUGAACAGGAAGAACAUCCAGGAUAACCGUGUCCACUGCUGCUUAUACUUCAUCCCUCCGUUCGGACACGGGCUGCGGCCCGUGGACGUGGAGUUCAUGAAAGCCCUGCAGGACAAGGUGAACGUGGUUCCACUCAUUUCCAAGGCUGACUGUCUGACGCCAGCGGAGAUGAGGAAGAUGAAGGACAGGGUGAGGGAAGAGAUCGAGAAGUUCGGCAUCAAAGUGUACCAGUUCCCAGACUGUGAUUCUGAUGAAGACGAGGAGUUCAAGCAACAGGACCGAGAGCUAAAGGAAAGCACUCCAUUUGCUGUGAUUGGGAGCAACACGACAGUGGAGGUCAAAGGUCAGCGGGUGAGAGGGAGACUUUACCCAUGGGGCAUUGUGGAAGUGGAAAAUCAGUCCCAUUGUGACUUCGUCAAGCUGAGGAACAUGUUGAUUCGCUCACACAUGCAUGAUCUGAAAGACAUCACGUGUGACGUUCACUAUGAAAACUACAGAGCGCAGUGCAUACAGCAAAUGACAAGGCAAGUCACAAUGAUUUUCUCAAAUAUCUUAAUAGAUAUCAUUGAAAAAUAUACUUUGCCAUUGUUUUUAUGGCUUAUAAGAUGUUCUGUUUUCACCAGCAAACUGUCCCAGGAUAAUCGUGUGGAGAGCCCUAUCCCUAUACUACCACUGUCCACCCCGGACGCAGAGACAGAAAAGCUGAUAAAGAUGAAAGAUGAAGAGUUGCGGAGGAUGCAGGAGAUGCUUCAAAAAAUGCAGCAGCAGAUGCACGAACAGGACCUGUAAAUGCCGCUCUGAACAAAAACAGCCGAUUUCAACUUUCAGCUUUUACACAAGCAGACACGUAACACUUUAACAUCCCACUGAAGGAUAUACAGUAGGGAAAGCAAACACAACACAGAGAUAUGAAUGCAUGUGUCGAGCACUGCGGUUAAAAGGGUCGCUUCACCUGAGCCUGAUAUCUAAAACCAGGCUCCAAGUUUAAAUAUUUAGUUACGCUAAAAGAUUUAGUGAUAGUUUGUUUUCACACUUUGUACAGUCCAUGUGAUGCUGUAUGACUGUUUCCAUGGCAAAGACUGCUGCUUUAUUCACAGUAGACAUGGCAAAUGCUCUGUCGUUUUUUUUCUUCUGCCGUUUUUAUGAUCUGUUUCUAUCCCCUUUUCUUUAUAAUAUUUAGUAAUGUGUGUGUGCGAAUGUGUGCCUGUGCCAAUUUGAUUAAAACAAGUGGAAUGCUAAGUGGAAAACCAAAUAUUUGAGUGUUUUUCUACUUUUAAAGAAGCUUUACCAACCAGUUAUUAAAUUCUGAACAAGGUUUAGAAGUAUGAAAACAUUUGCAGUAUUAAAGCAAAUACUUUAACCUUAAUCAUUUUUUCAUUCUUCAUUAAUUUAUUUGUCUCUGAAGGCCUUAUCAGAGCACCUUGAAUUGCAAACUUUGUUGUACGACUGCUAAAUGUUGAAGGGAAUUUUCACUGAUCCAACCUUUUGUCUACAUUAUUGAUUGAACAUGAAAAUUUAAUUCUCAAUUUUUUAUGAGAUUCAGGUUAUAAUAUACCACAUAGGAUGACUGUUCCAGUCCUAUAACACCAAAUUAUUCAUAAUAUUUUACAAAAUGGAUAUCAGACAAUCUUUAUCAGGCUCUAACUUCUUUAUAAAUAUACUUGUUGUUGGUUGGUUUUACAUGGAUACAUUGAGAUAUUGAUUUGUAUGCCCUGUAUGUAUUUACUCAAGCUAUUCAUAUGAGCGUGACAGAUGCAACAUCUGGCAUUUAUCAUGAUUCCUUUGAAAAAUAAACACCA